UUAAUCUUUUCUUGUUUGUUUCCACUCUUUCCUGCCUCGUAACCAGUUAUCUCCCCUACAUUGAGCUUCCUGCACAGAGUAAUCAUACAUAAUUUUAUGAUUUGUUUUUAAAUAUAGAUAGACCAAUGCCAUCGAAGUUGUUUUCAAUUUAAGGUCAUUUCCUGGCCUGGUAAAGUGUCCACUCUCAAGUAGAUAAUUUUAAACAUCAAAAGUGAUGCAUAAUUCCUCACAACUGGCCUGAGUUAAUUAAGUUUCCAACAUUUUCUCACCGUCCUUUUAUAUUCCAAAAUUCUUAAAUAUAAUUAAUAUCAAAUUUAUCAAUAUCAUACAAGGCUGGCAGGCCAUAGGUAAUCAGCUAUCAUUGUCAUUUUCCUUCAAGGUUCCUAACAUCCUUAAUUUAGCACGAAAGGUUCACAUGUCUUGUAUAUAUUUGGCGUCGUGAUUUUUUGUGGAAGUCGGACAUUUUGCCAAUGCAUGCUGAUUCCUUGAGGUUUCUACAACCAGACAUCCAUCUGUUGAUCCUGUGGAAGAGAUUUAGGUAGGUUACUGGAUUGUAUAAAACAAAUUCUCACAAUUCUCUAACAAUUAUUGUGUUUUCAAACAAAACAUACCACGGAAUGUGUUUUUUAGAUUAUUUAUUUUUGAAGUAUAUCCAAAGUCAUUUAUAUUUCCAGAAUUUGUUUUCAGAUGUACAAGAUAGAUUUAUUGUAGCAAAAUUUUACUAUGAUCAGAACAAAAUUAUUUAACAUUUCAUUGAAAAAUAUUCCAUUCCAUCUGAAAUAUAACUGGUAUUUAAUAAUACUACUCCUUCAUCAUGUAUUAACGAAUUUAAUAAUACUACUCCUUCAUCGUGUAUUAACAAAUUUAAUAAUACUACUCCUUCAUCAUGUAUUAACAAAUUUAAUAAUAUUACUCCUUCAUCAUGUAUUAACAAAUUUAAUGAUACUACUCCUUCAUCAUGUAUUAACAAAUUAAAUAAUACUACUCCUUCAUCAUGUAUUAACAAAUUUAAUAAUACUACUCCUUCAUCAUGUAGUAACAAAUUUUAUAAUACUACUCCUUCAUCAUGUAUUAACAAAUUUAAUAAGAAUUGUUUGGAAAGAAAAUAAAUAUUAUGAAAAUUGUUUUCAAAGAAAAUAAUCUGAAAAAAGGAGUUCAGUAAGAACAUUUUUGAUACAUGUCUAAAACCUGAAAAUGUCGUUUGGAGUUUGAACAGCAAGAUACAUUUUGUUGAAUUUAAGAAAAAACAAUUGUAGACUUAAAACAAAUAUAAUGUAACAGAAGAUUUGUUCUCUGUGUCCUGUUGCAAUUCUAACACAAACAUCAAUAAUAACUGGCAUGACUUCGUGAAUAGCUAUAAAUUAAAAAUUGAAAAUGGUCCACAUUUGAUUUGCAGGAAAUGAACGAUUUCAUCAGUGAACCAGUUACAGAUGAAAACAAAUUUUGAAGAAUAAGAAGUUGAUGCUGACAUGAAAUUCAUGAUACCUACCUAUGGAAAGCCAACAGUUUUAGCCUGAUGAUGAACUACUUACUAUCACUUCACUGGAGAUUGAGGAUGAUACAAUGCUGUAUUGAGGGAAAUAAGACUUUUUUUUAAAUGUCUUUGAUUGUUCAAAAGACAGUUGUUGAUUUUAUUAUCAAAUCUAAUGUCAUGGAGUAUUUGUUGAAUAAAUAAAAACAGCAAACAGCAAAGACAUGCAAAUAUAUGUAUGUCCUUUUCAUCUGUAAAGUCGAGAAAUCAUAAUGCAUGCAAAAAGUCUGUAAGCUAUCCUAACACAAGGAGGAUUGGAAUGUUAAGUUUGCAGUUAAUUGUAUUAAUACAAGUUAAUAGUGAACCUUUUCCAGUGGCGCCCAGAUAGAGAGGAAGAGCUGAAGAUGGGAUAUUCUUGGAUUACAGGCACUUUGCAAGUUAUUGACUGAGAUGCCUUAACCAUUCCUAGACAUGGUUUACUGGGCAUAGAGAACUACCAAAGAAGAUCACAGAGUCUGUAUCUGAAGAUGGUUCAUACGAUGUAUGUGUGCUAUACAUUUGCCUGGGAGCAUAAUAUUAAAUUAUCAGAUCAUGCCAGUCAGAUGGGACCACAGAGUUUUCCAAGAAAUAUUCAAAUUUCAGAAUUUGGAAUUGGUGGAAAGUUCAGCAAAUUAAUUCAAUGAAAAAACAAACUCCUUGCCAACACAUCAGUGACUGGCAUGCUGCUUUUAUGUCUGAAGAUAUUUGGUGUCGGCGAGGACAACUGUGGACAGCACAAAAAUUACUUGCCCCGAAAAAAGGAAUGUGUUGGUGGAAUUAUAUCUAUAACAAAGAGGGUAAAAGUCCCCUGAUUAAGUACGGUAACAUGUAUGUAGAUACCAGAUCAGUCAAGGGUUGAAGUUGAGUGAAAGAUGACGGUAAGAAUUACUCCAUGUAAUCACCCGUAGAUGAUGUUCUGUACGAGGAUCAGCUAUUAUAAGAUGUUGCAAUUUAUGACUCAAAAGCAUUUUGAAGGCAACAAGUAUUGGACUUCCAAACAAGCAGUGUCAACAAAUCUAAUUAAUGUGGCAAUGCUGAGUUCAGAUGAAAGAGUUGAUGAAGAGGAAUUCCAGUAAUUACCUGUGGACAGCAGUGGAUCAUGUACAGCCAUUUGUUGAAGAGUCACGUGGAAUUUAAAAUCUUCAAAACCAUUACUGACACAAAGAAGACCACAAAAAAAUCUGGAGACCAAGAAGAUCGUAUCUGGUCAACAUCUCAAAUUUCUUUUCUUAUAGCAUGGUGUUUUCAGUCUAAAGGAUGUCAAUGUAAUCAAAGUUGUGCCAAGUAUGCAAAUCAGCUUGAUGCUGUUAGAUAUUAGCAUCUGAUUCUAGAUAAAUUUGCCAAGAUGCCACCCCUGGAAUCUUUCAUGGGCAUUUCACCAAAUUAUUGUAGGGAGCACUUCUUCAAUAGUCUAGAGAAGCGUGACUUGGUGGUGGGUGUGGUAUCGUCAGUGAUGGACAGUGGUGUUGUGGUCACUUUGUUGUGUAUGGACGGUGGAAAGGUCCGAGAUAUUGACGAGCUGAAGACUACGGCCUUCUGUCCUGUGAAGGAGUUACCUAGGCUGUUUGCUAACCAGAGUCCGCUUGAAGGAUUUCAGGUCAAAGACAAGGUCAGAGGUGUUGUGCUGAACGUAAACCAGGAAACGGAGAGGAUCAUCAUCUCCAUGGUGGAGCGGGCACUUUCAGAGGAACAGUCCAACAUCAAGUUGGGUUUGAUCAAUGAAGACGACUUUCCAGUUCAUUAUAGACGGAAGUUACACAUACGUGGACUGGCUUUUGAUGAGCUGCUACACUCCAUUCUCGGCUUCAACAAUUCCGGCAAUGUGUCGAGUCUGUUAGGGCUAUUACAUCUGUCCGACUCCACUUCCAUCAUGCGUGGGCUUCACAGGAAAACAAUACCAGAAAAGGAGUAUGCUGAAAGUUUGAGGAAAUAUCAGUCUCAAAAGUGGGCACAUCAAAGUGUUGCUAAUGGUGUGUCCAUGUUCAAGGCUGGCAAGCAGGUGGAAGCUAUGCAGUACCUCAACAAGGCUCUUCAGAUAGACAGUAAAAAUGUGGAGGCACUGGUUGCUCGUGGGGCGCUGUAUGCCAACAAUGAAAGUUACAACCUAGCCAUCGAGGACUUUGAGCUGGCUUUGAAAUUUAAUAACCAGCAUCAGAACGCGAGGAAAUACCUGUAUGAAACUCUGCUGGCCUUCGCCAAGGUGUUAGAAGACCAGACUGACUUUGAGAAUGCUGAGAAACAGUACAGAAAAGCCAUAUUGUUACAACCCAGCUCUGUGGAGGUUCGAGAACUUAUCCGCUACAUGAUAGUUAGAAAGGAGAGGAAAGAACGUGAGAGAGCACUGCGAGGACGAUCCCCAUCACCAGUCAUCCCCCAGGACAGGAGUCUGGAUAAAUCCUCUGACAGACAUAAGAACAGGGAGACAUCAAAAACUCUCAAGAAGUUAAUCCAGGAGGACAGAUCUAGACUAGGAGACUCGCAUAAAAGAAGGAGAAGUGCUGGAGAUGAUCUGCGACACCGGUCUUAUUCUCCAGAACAAGAAUUCAGAGGAAGGAGCCACCCUCGCCGCCACCGUUCGACUGAGUUUGACUCCAGCAGCAGCAGCAGUGGCAGCAGCAGUAGCGGAAGCUCAAGUGACAGUAGUUCUUCCUCUGACAGCGAAGAUUCAUCCAUUCCAAGGGAUCGCAGACACCAGCGGAGAGUCAAGGACAGUCAUAGCAAGGAAGAAAUGGAAAAGGACACAGACAAGUACAUAAACCCGGAGUCUUCAAGAGAAAUCUAUCAGGCAGAGCUGGAUCGUAGGUCAGCAGCAGCAGCUAAAGUCCCAUCUCCUAGUGAAGCAUACGCUGUAGACCACACAUCCUCCUUUUUGUUUGGAGCUGACGGAAACUACAGGACUUCUCCUCCAGAGGAGGAGAGGAAGAAGUCUGAGGUGAAGGAACAAGACAGAGAUAAGAUGUGUCGGAAGGAUGAGGGAGCUAAAGAGAAACAUAACAGAGAAUCUUCUAAACACAAAUCAAAAUCCCAUUCCAUAGACAAGAAUAAACAACAGAGCAGAAAAAGAUCUGUUGAGCAGGAGGGAGACAGGAGCAGAAAGGAUCCCAGAAGUUCUCACAGUAGUGACCGAUCAACUUCUAGGUCACAUCAGAAAAAGAGAAGUAGGGAGUCGUUUGAGGAUGUAAGUGACAGAGACAUUAGAUUAGACAGUUCUUUUGAAACAAAACGAGACCAGUUCAGUGAGAGUGGGAGCGGCCGUGUGUCGCGUAAAAGUGAAAGAAAAGAGAACAAAAUUCACGAAUUUCAUAAAAGUCCUGAAUUUGAACGGGACAUUUUUAUUGACAAAGAGGAUAUUGAUAGAAAGGACAGAAGGAAGUCUGGAUCUAAAGAGAAAACCAAAAAAUACAAGGAUGAGGAUGAGUAUUCGACUGAUUCUAAGUCUAAGGUUGCUGGCAAAACCAGUGAAAGGAAACUACCUCCAAGGAAAAGGGACAGAUCAAGGUCUAGUUCAGCUCAUUCCUUUGAGGAUAAGAGGGAGAGAUCUCUGUCUCCUGAAGAACAUAAGAGGCAAUAUCUGCAGAUGAAAUAUGAAAGCUGGAAACAAGCUACAAAUGUUGAAUUAGAAAGGAAGCGUAAACAGGCGGAGUACAACAAGAGGAAGCCACAAGAUGGAGACUCACGAAAGGCCAGUGAAAACAGGAUUACUAUGGAUAAAAACAAGCUUCAGUCUAGAAGUCAAAUAGAUGGUCAUAGGUCAUCUAGUGGUCAGGGGUCAUUAGGGGUCGUACAAAGUGAAGAGAUAAUUAAGUCAAAAUGGGACAGUCCAGGAGAAAAGGAUGCUCGUGUAGGAGGCGACGGACAAAGGAGGAGGAGGUCUCGCUUUGACAUGCAACUGCAGGAUCAGAGUCGGGAAUCUGAGGAAAGGGUUUUCAGUAAAACCAUCAUUUUGGAAGGAAAAAGGAAAGAUGAUAAACAUGCAAGUAAGAAGGAUGAGAGGGAACUAUCUACAGUAGGUUUGGAUGCUGUAGAAGAUAAAGUGAAACUGAAGAAAAUGACUGACAAGGAAAGGGCACAAGUAGGUAGGGACAUGGAGGGGUUAAGGAUUCACAUCAAGAAUGAUCACUUCAGUGAAAGCAAUAAGGUGUCGGAGGAGAACAUCAAACGACACUCGGACAGGGACAGCCUUGAGGGAUCUAUCGCAAGUAGUCGAGGUACUCAUACAAGUACACGACAUCGCAGACCUUCACCAGAGCUCGAAAAAGAUAAAUCUAAACACCGCCAGACACCACCAGACAUCAGGGCUGACUCUAGACAUAAGAGUGAUUAUUCCUCCUCAGAAUCUGAAAGUUCUAAUGGAAGUUAUCAUGAUGAUGUUGACGAGGAGCUGCCAGAUCGAAGUUCUGGGCGCUACAAGAAAAUAGAGAAGAUGUUUAAUAAGAAAGAUAUGGGUAAAUAUAGGGAAGGUGCCAGUGGUUCACGAAAUCGUCACUACUCAGAAGGUAGUGACUACUCCAAGCAAAAACACAAUCUUCCCGAUGUCAUACAGAGUGCCCGGAGAGAGAACAAGCAAGCCAACAAAUAUGUUCCUCGCGGUUUAGGAAGGGGAAGAGCUGGCAGGGGCAGAGGGGGAUACAAAGGUCGAAAUUGGCACCGGGGCGGACGGGGGAGGAACCAAUACAAAGAAAGGGGCGAAUAUAAGGAGUCCUUCAAGGAUAAAAGAAACUACGGUCGUGAUAAACAUUUCAAAGGUAGUAAACGGUCGCGAAGCCCUAGCUCCUCAGACUCCUGGUCAUCUCGUAGCUCUUCAUAUUCGUCUUCGUCAUCUCAAAGUCCCAGUAGGAGUAAAACAUCUCGCUAUUCAGCAUCCUCUAGGAAAGGAUCCUAUAGCAACCAAAGUCAAUCCUGGUCAAGCAAUCGUUCCCCACACUCGUACGUAGACCCUUACGCCAAAGGCAAACCGAAAUUUACAAGUGCUAAGUUUCCAAAGGUCAAACAACCACUCCUUGGGGAGCUUGCAAUGUCUGAACCGAAGGUUCAACCACAACCUGCCCCUCUAACAGUACAGGAAGAACAGAAAAAGAAGGAAGUAUUGUUUCAAUUGGAGAACUUUUUAAGUCAACUUAAAGAGAAGAAGAAGGAGCAGGUUUCUGUUGAUGAGGGUACGGCAAAAACCCCAGAAAAAGUGUGAGAUAUUGUCUGACAAGUUACUAUGAACACAGAAAUUUAAUUUGGAAGAAAAUUGAUUCUGGGGUAUGACUUUGGUAUGUUCCAGAAGUGAUUGUUUUCCGAAUAGCUGUUUUCUGUGAAGGAAAGUCUGAUUGAAAUGCAUCUACCUUGAACAUGUGUCACUCGAAACUUGUUAGCCAGAGUGCCACCCUGAGAAUGUCUGACAUUCUCAGAACUUUUGAACUUGAGUGUCGAAUUUGAGUGUCACGGGUAAGAACAUUUCUCCUGCAGAAAUUAUUGUUCUGAAGACAUGUGUCAGUCUGAGAAUGUGUCAUUGUCUGGCAUUGUUAGAACAAGAAUCACCCUGAGAACAUGCUUCCCUGAGGAUGUGUUAGAUACUGUUGAGAAAUCUGAUAAAAAUGGGGAAGAAGCCCACCUUGACAAUUUGUGAUCCAUUUUGAUACGACCAUGCUCUAUGGUAUGUUUUGUAUAUACCUUGUGUUUAGUCACUACUCAAAGUCGGCUUUGUAAUUAUGAUGGUAUUCACGGGAAACAACCAUUCUCACAAAUGUUGUGGAAUGUUCUGUUUCUGCACGAACAACUUGGCAUCAGUAUAACAAUGUGACACAUGAAUAAAUGAAAGUUAUCUCAAAACUAACUAUCUUCUGUGUAAGCAGUUGAAACUUGUACAAUAUACAUUCACAUUGUUGCAGUGAUGACAGUUCUGUCUAGUAUGAUAGAAGAGCUGAAUGUUUGCUGGAUGACAGUUAUGUCUAGUAUGAUAAAAGAGUUGAAUGUUUGCUGGAUGCAGGGUUCAUUUGGAAUAUAUUGUUAAAAUCAUUGUUUGAUUUCAUUUUUGACAGCAUGUUAGUCUUAACUUCAAAAAUCAUUGCUUUGAUUUACUUUUUAUUAUACGCCCGUCGAAUGAUGGGACGUAUUAUGUUUUCACGCGGGCAUGCUUACACAUUAGUUUCCGCUCAAUAACUUGAGUAAUUUUGAAUGGAUUCAUUUCAAACUUGGUAGGAAGGUUCAUUGCCAUAAACUCUUGGACAGGUUCGAUAACCAAAAUUAUUUGCCAGUUAUUUACGGAAUUAUGGCCCUUUGAGGAAUUGCCGGAACAGUUUUCGCUUAUGGCCCUUUAUAGAAUUAACGUGACAGUUUUCGCUCAAUAACUUCAGUAAUUUUGAAUAGAUUCAUUUCAAACUUAAUAGGAAGGUUCAUUUCUAUGAAAGCUUGCACUAUUUUGAUAAACAUUAUCCGCCUGUUAUAAAGGGAGUUAUGGCCCUUUAUAUAAUUGAUGUAAUGCUUUCUGCUCAAUAACUUGAGAGGUUUUGAAUGUAUUCAUCUCAAACUUCAGCCAUAAUUUACGGACUUACGGCCUUUUGUACAGCUGUCGGAACACAAUUUUUGCGCAAUACCUUUAUGGGCUUAUGGCCCUUUGUUGCAAUACUCAUUCGACAUCUGACGGGCAUAUCAUGUACCGCUUCAUGGAACUCUUGUUGUGACUUGUUAUAUGUAUUUCACAUUGGUUUAUUCCUUAUUGAUUGAACGUGUUAUACAUUGUAUUUGAAUACAAAUUUCAGUUAUGCUUGUUCACAAGUUAGAUUUAAUUUGAAAACAGAUGUAUAUCUAUAUAGAUGACAAGGUAAUAACAGCCAUUUCAAAAUGUCUUGCCAGAACUUCAUAUUCAUCAAACUUUAAUAAUUAAGAGAUUCAAUUUUGCCAGUAAAACAGCUGGCCCUUAUUAUCAAGUUGAUGACGUUACAUUGAAGGUGCUCUUUAAGUUCGUAAUUACCAGAGGAUAGACACAUAAACUGUUUGCAAAGGGCUUAUUAACUUUCUUUGGGAUGGUUAGUACAUAUACCACCUGAUAUGUAAAAUAUAUUUUGACAAUCAUAAAUGUUAUAAAAGAUAUUAAUAAGGUGUAUUUUACUCAAUGCCUGGCAAAAAUAUAGAAUAAAUAUAAAUAUUAGAAAAAAAUUCUGGGGAUAACACUGCCUAAGAUGACAGUGACUUCAGAAAAAUAAAUCUGGAAUCUGCUGAAGUCAAACAAUAAUUGAAUAAUGCUAUAAUUUAUUAGUGAGUGAGGUUUGUUCCAUAUUUUCUUUAAUUUACAGAUUUAAUUUACUCUAACCCAAAAUCUGUAUUUCAAAAAAUCGGAUUAUAUAAUAUGACCUUUUGAUUACACACGUUUUGAAAUCUUUUCCCCCUGAGCAAAUUCAUGAUGUACCAAUGGUAUGUAGAGUAAAGCACACAACCUGAAUGUAUUGGAGUUUUAGGUGUGCAAGUCUGUUCUUUAUCUUGUUCAUGUUUUUGCAUGAAGAUAUAUAAGGUGACUGCAUCAAUACAAAUCUACAGUAUGUUUUAUCAGUCUAGAUAAAUGUGUGGAAUUUGGCCAUUUGUCUGAAAGAAAGAAGAAAGAAAAAAGGAGGAAAUAGUAGAGUAGUCACUUUCUUUGGCAUAAUUUCUUAUAUAGCAGACACUUGAAUUAACAAAUUUAAGCUUUCAUAUUUAACGCACCAAGGACAUUUUCAUUGAAUUUACAGGGAAAUUGACCUGAUACAGAGAUUAUUACUUUGCUGUCAUAAUUUGUUCUAUGAUCAGCUUCUUGUUAUGAGGUACAUGUAUGUAAGUUUGUACGAAUAUAUGCAGCUUCUGUGUUGGAGUAUGUAACCCAGGUUAUCAGCUGAUUACUCAUCAAAUAGAGAGGCGUUAUCAGUUUGCCAUAACAAUUGUAUUAUGAAUCAAUGCAAACUGGUAAUAUUUUUGUUAUAGCAUUUAUUAAUUUUCACAGAAAUCAGGUUGUGGUCUCAAUAAAGACCACCAUAGCUGCUGAGUACACAACUAUGAUAAGUUCUAUUUUCAUAAGAAAUACAAAUGAAACCAAAUUUAGAUUUGAACAUAACGCCACAACAUGAUACUGAAAUGAUAUUUUCUGUCAAUCUUCAUGAAGUAUUUAAAUUCACGAAUUUUGUCUUGUCAUAUGUAUUGUCUCUAUUUAAGUAGAACAUUUGAAAAAGCAAAAUGCUAUUUCUGCUCCUGACCUAUUCUCUUCUGUUUAGUGGUAAAGCUGAUCACAACUGAGACCAUAGCCCAGGUUAUAAUACCCACCAGCACAAAAAAAAUCAACUACGGCAAAACCAUGGUCCAGGUGCCUGGAUCAUUGAUCUGUAUACAUGUAAUGGUACUGUAUCAGACGGCUAAAGCCUCGUCCCAAUUGUUACAAAAGCCUGCUUAGCUUAAUGAGAAGUGAACAAACAUUUUUUUUUAAAUAUUGAAUUAAGUGUUCCAGGGUUUAGAUAUAAUGUGGUGCUGUGUGAUAUAGGGAGGUUUUGUAUGUAUAAGACUGUCUGGGUAACUGUGGUACUGUGUGAUAUAGGGAGGUUUUGUAUGUAUAAGACUGUCUGGGUAACUGUGGUACUGUGUGAUAUAGGGAGGUUUUGUAUGUAUAAGACUGUCUGGGUAACUGUGGUACUGUGUGAUAUAGGGAGGUUUUGUAUGUAUAAGACUGUCUGGGUAACUGUGGUACUGUGUGAUAUAGGGAGGUUUUGUAUGUAUAAGACUGUCUGGGUAACUGUGGUACUGUGUGAUAUAGGGAGGUUUUGUAUGUAUAAGACUGUCUGGGUAACUGUGGUACUGUGUGAUAUAGGGAGGUUUUGUAUGUAUAAGACUGUCUGGGUAACUGUGGUACUGUGUGAUAUAGGGAGGUUUUGUAUGUAUAAGACUGUCUGGGUAACUGUGGUACUGUGUGAUAUAGGGAGGUUUUGUAUGUAUAAGACUGUCUGGGUAACUGUGGUACUGUGUGAUAUAGGGAGGUUUUGUAUGUAUAAGACUGUCUGGGUAACUGUGGUACUGUGUGAUAUAGGGAGGUUUUGUAUGUAUAAGACUGUCUGGGUAACUGUGGUACUGUGUGAUAUAGGGAGGUUUUGUAUAUAUAAGACUGUCUGGGUAACUGUGGUACUGUGUGAUAUAGGGAGGUUUUGUAUGUAUAAGACUGUCGGGGUUGUGAAUACUUCGUUAAAUGCAUAGCGGCAGAAUGCUUGAGUUAUCGGAGACAUGACAGUAAAACUCACAGGUAAUGAACACAAUAUAUUUGGGGCUUAUGCAAGUCUAAGAUUAGUAGUACACAACUUAUGUUGGGCUUGUACCAGUCUAUGGAUAGUAGUUAUAUAGAUACAUGUACAUGUAUGUUGUUUAGCACAUGAGAAAUCUGGGGCAUGUGCAAGUCUGAUACAGUUGGUACUACUUCUACACUAUAUAGCUAGAAGCACAAGAUCAACGAACAUCUGUGUCUGACCCUGUGGUAACACUAAUUCUAUGAGUUCUGUGAGAUCAGAGACGUAUAUAUUACAUGUAAUAUAUAUAUAUACAUCUCUGGUGAGAUGUACAGAACUUUGUUCCAGUAUUGAGACCAUAUUUUAUAAGUGAAAUGUUAAUCAUUGGUAUUAAAAAAUAAU